CCCAUGUGUGAAGUGCAUUCUGAACGUUCGUUGAUGGCAGCUUGUAAACGGUCGCACGUUCGUUGAUGAUAUACACUUAAUUGUAGUAUUUUAUUUCUGUACUCGUAGUUUCUUCCGCGCUAUUUAACCGCGGAUUCUCCAAUUUCGUUGUCUCUCAUAUGACAUUCGGAUUUGGUGCGUGCGCAAUUUUAUCGCGAGACCGUAGCAACGGUUAUUCACGUCUCCCCGUAGGAUCACACACUAUCGAAGAGGAUGCCGAAGAGGAAGCAUCAGGCACUCAUCGACUCCGACAGCAGUGGAAGUGCGUCGGAGAGUGGCUCUGACUUGGAUAAUGAUCUAUUAUCACUGGCAAAAAAGAAGAAGGGAAAGUCCCAAGAUGAUUCACAAUCAAAUGAAGAUAAUGGAUCUGUUAAAAAAGAUACCAAGCAUGAUUCAGAUACAUCAGAUUCCGACAGUAACUGGAACAACAAGAGUGGAAAAACAAAAAAGAAGAAAGUGUCAAAACGAAGUAAACGAAAGAUGACAAAGUCUAGCACCGAAGACAGUGCCAGUGAGAAAGAAGCAGCGAAGCAACAUUCGGAGCCAGAAGAAGGUGAGGUAUCAGAUUCUGAUGUAAGUGUUUCCGACUCUAGCCAAGAAGAAUUUAAUGAUGGGUAUGAUGACAAACUCAUGGGAGAUGCAGAGGAUCAAGCCAGACUUGCUCAAAUGACUGAAAAGGAGCGUGAACAGGAAAUUUUUAAGCGAAUUGAACAACGUGAAAUUAUGAAGACAAGAUUUGAAAUUGAGAAGAAACUAAGAAUGGCAAAGAAACAAGAAUUGAGAAAGCAAAAGGAAUCAAAAAAGAAAGAAAAGGGUGGCGAAGAAAAACAAAAAUUAGACAGGGCACCAGAUCCUAAAGAAAGAAGUAAAGAUCGUAAAAAGACAAUAGAAGAAAAGCAAGAUAAAAAAUUCCAUGCAAUGUCAUUGCUUAAAGCCAGACGCGAAGAAAAGAAAGAACGAGAGGAAAAAGAAAAACAGAGAAUAGAACAGCAGCAACAACAAUCAAAGGAUAUAGAGGAAGAAGAAUUGGAGAAUGAUCAUAAAGGAAACAAAACGAAACUUAAAGCAUCCGAUAUAUAUUCCGAUGACAGUGGCUCAUCAGACAGUGGAGAGGAGGAAGAAGAAGUAACUAAACCUACAUCUCAGCGCAGAUCGUCUUCGAGUGAAAGUCGUGAUUCGGAUUCUGAUAAUGAUAAAAAAUCAAUUACUAGUAACAAAACCAGACCGAAGAAACCAGUAUAUAUCAGUACUAAAGAUGACUUAAACAAGAUUCGAUUGUCUCGUCAUAAAAUGGAGAGAUUCGUUCAUUUACCUUUCUUUGACAGAGUGGUGCAAGGUUGUUUUGUCAGGAUUGGAAUCGGUAAUAAUAAUGGUAAACCUGUCUAUAGAGUAGCGGAGAUAAGCGGUGUAUGCGAGACAGGAAAGAUUUAUCAACUCGGCGGCACAAGGACGAAUAAGGGAUUGAAAUUACGUCAUGGUGUGCAGGAACGUGUAUUCAGGUUAGAAUUCGUCUCCAAUCAAGAAUUCACAGAUUCGGAGUUCUUCAAGUGGAAGGAAACGUGCGCGCUGCAAGGAAUUUCCGUGCCAACAUUCGACGAAGUAGAGCAGAAAUUAAAAGAUAUUAAUGAAGCAUUGCUAUAUGAAUAUAAGGAAGAGGAUAUAGAGAAGAUUGUCCGAGAAAAGGAGAGAUUCAAGCAAACACCCUAUAAUUAUGCUAUGAAGAAAGCUCAACUCAUGAGAGAACGCGACGCAGCUAAUUGCAGAGGAGACGACGAGACUGCUAGUCGUCUUAAUCAAGAAUUAAGUGAAUUAGAAGAACGUGCAUCAGAACUGGAUAAGAUGCGUACAGCAACAAUUUCCAGUAUAUCGUAUAUAAAUGAUCGCAACAGAAAGAAAAAUGUUGAAGAAGCUGAGAAAGCUAUAAUGGAAGAGCUAAAGGCUAACAAAGGUAAAAAGGUCGACGACCCAUUCACCAGGCGAAGUACUAAGCCAAGGAUGGUAUAUAAACCAGAUGAUGAAUCUGAUGUGGUGAAUGCAGUCCCAAUAAAUGACAAAUCAAGUCCUCAUCCGACUAUAGACUCGGUAUCAUCUGCUAACGAUAAAGAAAAUGGACAGGACUCUAAAAAGAAGCAAAGCACAGAAGACCUGUUUAACGCCCAUGAUUUCGACAUAACAAUCGAUUUGGAAGUUCCUAUUCCAAAUAAUCCUGUUAGUGUUUUACCGAAGCCUAUUAACAACAUCAAGGACACAGGACCUCGUCGAUCGUUAAAUUUAGAAGAUUAUAAAAAGAAACGCGGUCUCAUCUAACAGUUCAUACGUUUUAGACAUCGUAAAAACAUAAGAUUAAGUUGGCGAGGUUGUCUUGUAAUAAUUAAAGAAUUUAACUUCGCUUAUCAAAUGUUCUGGUUAAUAAUGAGAACGAAGAUAUGUUCUUAUAAUGAUUGACUGAGAAACUAGAUUAUUUAUAUAAAGCACAGCAUAGUAUAUUAUAUACUAUAUUACUAUAGCGCGAUUCUAUCUGUUUAAUACAUUGAGUAUUGGUGAUGGUUUGCGAAUUUCAUACAAAAAGUUAGUUUCAAUAGCUGUAUUAUAGUUAUGUAACAAAUAAAGAAACGUUAAAACCAAAAAACAAAUCGAUACCUGAUAGAUUUCAGAUAGUUUCUUAUAAUUUUGCAUCACAUAGGCUAAUGUUUAUAUUUAUGUAUGACAUAAAAAACGUCGGUAUCAUUUGUUCAUUAUACCAUCAUAAACACUCAAUGUAUUAAAGAUUUUUCCAACUGAAAAAGGUUCCAAUGCUAUAAGCGGUUCCUACUGUGUACUCUAAAUCAAUGAUAUUGCGAUUUGUGCAUGAAAAAUAGUUUAGCCAAGUAAUGAUUAGAACUGUUUUUUUGAUAGUUGCAGUACUUAAAGGUGAUAGCAGAUAUACUGAGAAGAAUGCGAUUUUACGCUUUGUCUUACAUGUUCCAAUAUCAUCCAUAUAUUUAAAUAGAAAAAGAAAGAGAAAAAAAACAUAAAAGAAAUAAAGGUAUGUACCUAAUGAUAAAAUGAAUUUGCCAAACUUCUUACAAAAUUGUUUGUAUGAAAAAUGAUUACAAUGACAGUUAUUAAUGGCGCACAAGACAAUUUUAUUUUAUACAUGAAAUAAGUAUACUCUCAUCAAAUGAUAUAAGUUAUCAGGAAAUGAAACGU